AGAGGGAAGAGGUGGGGAGAGAAAACCCAAUUCACCCCCUUCCUUUUUAAUUCUUUCUCCUGGUGUGUCUGCUCCACCGCCCGAGCUAAUCCCCCAAAUCCGGUCUCCUAAGCCGCAGCUGCUUCCCUUCGCAGUGAUGAAUGGCUCGGGGAGGGAAGACCCCGGGUCAUCUCAGCCCUGAGCCGGGGAAAGGCCAGAGAGGAGGGCGGGGAAGAAAUCUGGGCCAGCAGCUUGCAGUCCGAUGCAGCCAGCCGUGAGCCAGCAGGGGUCCGUCCAGUGUCCACCUUCCUUUCCUUCCUGUUCUGAGUUUUGGGGGCCCAGCUUUCUAUCCCUUAGCCCCUCCUGGGCUGGAGGCAUGAAAGCUGAGGUCAGAGGGGAAGCUGCAGGGUGGGAGCGGACGUUUCCAUCAUGAACACGGAUAAGUGGGGGGGGUCCCUUCCACGCGCUGGUCCACUUGCUUUCUGGAAACUCUGGACUCCUUCGUUUUGAACAUUCAAACCCCUUUCUCUUCAAGUAGACCUACCAAGAGCAGGUUCACCAGGACCUGACAUCCAGGGAGCCCUCCAGUUGGUGCUGGGACACUGCCAAGGAUGACAGGAUGAAGGGGAGGGGGCAGCACCGAGAGCGGAGCGGAGCGGAGGAACCGUGCUGGCAGAGGGAUUCUGAAGGAUGCACGGGAACCCAGGGCAGGAGGGACCCUGAAAUGGGAAGGGGUUCUCUGCUCCACAGGUCCCCACUUCAGGGGCUGGCCCAGGGACCUGCAUCACACCCAGGACCCAGACUGCUUCCAGGCCUUGAUCUUCUCUGGUGAGCUCCCCCCAGCCUGGCCUAGGGCAUGCCCCAGUUCACUUUCGCCUGCUUCUGUGGCCUCCACGGCUUCUGCAAGAUGAAGAGGAAGAAGGAGGAAGUUCACAGACAGCGGGAAACGGCAGUGUGAGCAGGACCCGGGCCCCCAUCUCCUGCCGCCUCCAGCAGGUGCCAGACCUGAGGGCACCCACUUCUGGUAGGACCUGGCCAACCCUCCAGAGACCGAGAAGCCCUGGGGCGGCCUGAGGCGUGAAACUGCUUUCGGCCCCCAAGGGCUCCAGGUGCUCCACUCAGGGCAAGUCCUCCCGGAGGGAGGGAUGCACCGCCUUGGGCUAGGAGCCCUGCUCCCGGAUCGGAAGCGGGCUUUUCUGCCAGAGGACCUCCCGGCAGCCCGGACCCUGGAGGAGGACGCAGGCAGCCUAGGCAGGGUGUAGGCGUCAAACAAGACCCUCCAAGCCCGGGAUGGAGUCGCUCCGGGGACUCCGGGACCUGAGGCAGGAGCCUCUACAGCGCAGCGCCCCCGAGAGAGGAGUCUUUUCCUGUCCCCUCCCCGCGUCCUCCUGGGGCGGGUGCAGCCGGGCCCAAGGUGGGCAGCCUGCUCUCGAGUCGGACGGCAGAGUCGGGACAGUGAGAGGCAGGCGGUGUCCUCGUGGAAGGAAGCCAGCUGCGUGUCCCCCGCACACCGGAAAGCCACUUUCCUUCCAGCCCUGGCCUCCGGGACCCUCUCACUCCCACCAGGCCUUGCAGCAGCCCACACGUGGGGGCCCGCUCCCCAGGCCCCGAAUCCCCUUCUCAGGAACUGUCUUCCAGGGCCGGACUGUGGGACCCCUUUCCUGGACUAGACCAUGUCCUCCCUUUAUUCUCCCUUCGCCCUGCCUCGCCCUUUUGCCUCCUCUUCCUCUUCUCAGAAGCCAUAGGGAGGGAAAGGCUUGCAUGCUGUUGUGCCUUUAGGGGAAACCGGGCAGAGGGAGCCCUCAAGGACUUGCCUUGACUUCCCCCCUCCUCUCUCUGCCCCCCUCAGUCAGUCUUCCAGGGUCAGUCUCUUCCCCUCCGCCAGCCUAUUUCCAGCCGGUAGGAAGCAAACCACAACCUAUCUCCUUCCUUCCUCUCUCCUCCCAUUUGCUAGAACUUACCUUCUGUCACUGUGCCUGAACCGCUCAGGGGCUAGAGGGUCACACGGACAGCAGGCCCGUGGCAGAGACGCUUCCAGCAGACUCUGUAGCUUUAGCAAAUCCCCCCUCUACUUCACUACGGAGCAAGUCAGCCCAGGAACAAAGUCAGAUCCCCUGCAGCAUCUAGGGACAGAAUAACCUUUCUGAGAGUUAACAGGUAGCCUGGCUAGAGAAGGUCAGGGCCCCAGGACAGAAGGAGGGGGCUGGGUGCUCUUUCCCUUGGAAUGUGACUCUCUGGGCAGUCCGGGAGGGCAGAAGUCCUCUUCCGCCGGUUCAUCCAGAACCUGGAAGAAGCAAAGGCACAUUCUAUCCUGGCAACCUUCGUCCGUCCAGCUCAUGCCCCAUGCUCAGGGAGAUUCCCAGAGUUUGGGGCAGAUCUGGUGGGAUCCAGGUCAUCUUUGUGAAGCCGGAGCACAGCUGAUUUCUUUCCUCCUAUCCUCCAACCCCCUCCUUGGCCUCCACCAUCCAGUCUCAGCCUUGUGCAAUCUGUUAGUUCCUUUUAUAUCCAAAGAAUUAUAAACAGAAGUCCUUCCUUCGAGGAAACAGCAAUAAAGGCCAGUGGGGUCACAAGGGAUGGAAGAAAAACUCCCCGAUUCUUUGGGCUCUUACACAGCAGAGGACUUGGAUGAGGCACAGAGAUGGGCAGAAAGGCUUUCAAGGGUACCUUGAUCCUGCCGCAGGAGAGCCCGCCUGGAGGGCACGUGUGUCCCUAGCGGUCACCCGGCGAGGCUGCAGCCCCAGGAAAGUCACUCCUGCGGUGGAGGAUGAAACUGAAUCCCCCGGAGCCUCAGAAGGAUUGGGUGUUAGGUCCUGACCACAGAGGCUCACCCCGAGGAGAGGUCAGGAGGGGCGGUGAAGGAGAGAGCUGCCCCUGCGCACCUCUCAGGCCUUGGCAGGAAUUUCAGCUGCAGGGUUUGGCGGUGAGCCUGUUCGGAGAGCUUUUGCCCCCCGAGAACUCCUUUGGCUCCAAAGGGAUGCUGGAUAUCGGAGCCCCUGCUAUGGGAACAUGGGAGCGGUCCCAAGGUCAAGGCCUCUCUGAGUGGAGGCCCAGUUAUGCCUGCAGACGGCAGCCCUUGGCCCCCAAGCCACUGGCCCCUUCUUCAUCAGGGUGAAGGCUGGGGCCUGUGCUGAACUGUGGAAGUAGGCGGACAGCAGCAGCUCUGAGCCAGACACCCCCCACAUUCUGUUGUCCCUCGGCUUCCUUCUCAGGGAAAUGGCAACUUUGCUCUUCUCAGCCUCUUGAGAACCAGUCUGGACACCUGCGCCCCUGUCUCUCUGCCCCUGGGUGAGCCCAGGCGAGAGGUUUAAUCCAAAAGGGCAGAAGCAGCCCCACUGUCCCCAGACCAUGCCCCCCCAGGCCUCUGCCUUGUAGGCCAGGCUUCUCUUCCUUCUGUUCCUUCUGGGGGAGUGAGGUCUGGCCACCUCAUUUCCUGCCCUGCAUUGAGGCUCCUUCGCAGAGGACAGGUGGGACCGUGUUGCCCUUCCUGUUUCUGAUUCCCUCCACGCCACGGUUCUCUCCCAGACUCCAUGUUGAGGAGGGGGCUGGGAGCUCCUGGGUGGGAGCAAGGGGCACGAGAGUAGAUGAUUCUGGGAGGGUGCAGGCCUCUCCUCACUGUGUCGCCCUGAGUCCUUGUAGGAGGGCAGGAUGCCUUGGCCUCCCUGGGCCUCAGUUUCCCCCUGUUGUGCUGCGGGCUGCCGAGUAGGGGAUAAAGAAAUGGGAGAGGUGCUUGUGCCUCGAAUGUUGUCUGGGAGCCUGGCCCUCAGGGUUCUUGUCUCAGGAUAUUUUAAUUAGAAUGUCAUUUCCUUUUCCAUUCCCAGGGAAGGGCUUUCUGGGUGUCGCACAGGAGUCCAUAGAAAUAUAUAAGACUGUUAUUUUUGAAAAAGAAAAAAAAAAAGAAGAAAUAAAAAGAGCAAUCAUUUAACUGAAAUGUGCAUGAGGUAGCACAGCGGGAUGCAAAGGGCGUUGGGCUGGGAACCGGCUCUCCCAGGUUCCAGCC